AUGAUCCAACGUGGCAUGGCUACAUCUAUGCGGAUGCAGCUAUUUGGUAUGCGCGUCAGAACGCAACUCACAACGGCGGUUUACAGAAAAGCCCUACGACAGUCGAGCAGCUCUCGCAACAAAUUCACCACUGGUCAAACGGUCAACUUAAUGGCCAUAGAUGCGCAGCGAUUCGUAGAGAUAAGCACCUUUAUUAAUCUCGUUUGGUCAGCCCCUUUUCAAAUUGUGGUUGCCCUGAUCUUCCUCUAUCUUGAGCUGGGGUACUCUGUUUUUGGCGGAUUGUUGAUUAUGGUUCUUAUGAUACCAAUCAAUUCAUAUUUGACCAAGAUAGCCAAAAAAUUGCAAAUACAACAAAUGAAAUUAAAAGACAGCAGAGUAAUGAUCAUGAAUGAAAUUUUAAGUGGAAUGAAAAUUAUAAAACUGUAUGGCUGGGAAAACCAUUUCAUUGAAAAAGUAGAAAACAUCAGAAAGAAAGAACUGGUUGUACUUAAGAAGAUUAACUUUUUUGUCUGCAUCCUUCAAAUGCUCUGGACGCUUGCGCCUUUUCUAGUUAGCUUGAUUACUUUUGGAAUUUAUAUUGCAGUUGACAAUAAUAAUGUGCUUACAGCCCAAAAAGCUUUUGUUUCAUUGGCCUUGUUCAACAUUUUGCGUUUUCCAUUAGCAAUGCUUCCUAACGUCGUUACUUCAAUCAUAAUGGCAAGAGUGUCAGUGAAACGACUGAAUGACUAUUUGAGCGCUGAUGAGCUGACGAAUUACGUGCAGAGGCAAGAGCACAAGGACGGGAACUGCAUAAAGCUAACAAAUUGCAGCUUUAGCUGGUCAAAGGCGUCAUCGGAGGGCGGUGCGGCAGAAGUUACCAUUCCAAAAUCGAUUCUCAGCAAAAUUAACAUUCAAAUCAGAAACAACUCAUUCGUGGCCAUCGUUGGCAGUGUUGGCAGCUCAAAAUCGUCCCUUUUGAGCGCUCUAUUGGGAAGCAUGGAGCUGACGGAGGGUACCAUUAGCAUAGAGAAAUCAAUGAGAAUCGCCUACACGCCACAAGAAGCUUGGAUUCAAAAUGCCACUCUGCGCGACAAUAUCCUCUUCGGACAGCCAAUGGACGAGGAUUAUUACAGAAAAGUGGUCCAAGCCUGUUCGCUGCUUCCCGAUUUUGCCAUUUUGCCGGGUGGAGAUUUAACGGAAAUUGGCGAAAAAGGUAUUAAUUUAAGUGGAGGCCAAAAAGCGAGAGUCUCAGUGGCUCGUGCGUGCUACAAUUCCGCCGACAUCUAUCUUUUUGACGAUCCACUGGCUGCCGUGGACUCCCAUGUUGGUCGUGCCAUCUUUGAGAAUAUUCUUUCCUCAGAAACGGGCAUUCUGCGAAAGAAGACGCGCGUUCUGGUUACCAAUAAUCUUUCCGUUCUUCCCUUCACCGACUCAAUAUUCGUGCUGAAAGAAGGGCAAAUCAUCGAAAGCGGCUCGUACGGGGAGCUGCUUAAGCAGCAAGGUCACUUUGCACAUCUAAUUAGCGAGUACUCGCACAGUGAGGAGGCGGAGGAGAAGUCGGACGAUUCGGAGGGAAAACUGGCGGAGAUGAACAAAGACGCGGCCAACUUUAAAAUCGGCUCUAAACUGGUGGAGAAGGAAGACUCGCAGACUGGCAGAGUCAAGUGCGCUGGCUCUAGCGUGUGGCUUUCCUACUGGUCAAGAGAAGCGGAAAAGGACAACUCUAAAACGUACUAUUAUCUCACCAUCUACGGAGUCAUAGGCAUCAGCCAGGGCGUGACCAAUGCCACUGGCUGGUACGCCCUCACAAAGGGCGUCCUAGGGGCGGCAAAGAAUCUGCACAAUCGCAUGCUCUACAACAUCUUUCGCAGUAAUAUGGCCUUCUUUGAUGUGACGCCACUUGGGCGAAUACUGAAUCGUUUCAGUAAAGACAUUGACGUCAUUGAUAAUAUUCUUCAAGGCAACAUUAGGGUGAUGUACAUGUGUUUGUUCUCAACAGCCGCAACUGUCGUGGUAAUUGCAUACGAACUGCCCAUAUUCUUGGCUGUCAUUUUACCGGUCUGCAUCAUAUUCUACUUUAUUCAGAAACUUUACGUGUCAACUGCUCGACAGCUAAAGCGUCUUGAAUCUGUCAGCAAAUCGCCGGUGUUUUCUCAUUUCAGCGAAACAUUGUCUGGCAUCUCUACAAUUCGAGCUUAUUCUGCCUGCGAACAGUUUAUUGAAAAGAACGACAACAACGUCGACUACAAUAACACAUUCUUCUUUUGUUCACUGAUUUCUAAUCGAUGGUUAUCAAUACGGUUAGAAAUGGUGGCCAAUUUAAUUGUCCUUUUUGCAGCAAUUUUUGCUGUUUUCGAAAGAGAUUCACUCGAUUCAAGUAGUGUUGGACUGAUUAUAUCUUACGCACUAAAUACGACGCAGAAUUUAAACUAUCUUGUGCGAUCAACGUCAGAGAUUGAAACAAACGUGGUUGGUGUUGAACGAAUUCUGGAGUACAGUAGUUUGCCUAUGGAAGCUGAAUGGAACAUUGAAAGCACAAAGCCUCCAUCAGGAUGGCCAACUAAAGGAUUUGUUGAUUUUGAAAACUACGCAACUCGAUAUCGUCCGGGAUUAGACUUAGUUCUCAAAGGAAUCACAGUUUCAAUUGAACAAGGCGAAAAGAUUGGAAUUGUUGGCCGUACAGGCGCUGGAAAGAGUUCACUAACACUGGCGCUAUUUAGAUUGAUUGAAUCAGCUGGAGGAUGUAUUAAGAUUGACGGAAUUGACAUUGGAACAAUCGGCCUACAUCAGCUCCGUCAAAGGUUGACUAUCAUUCCACAAGAUCCUGUUCUUUUCUCUGGAACAAUACGAAGCAAUCUUGAUCCAUUCAGUCAGUACAGUGAUCAUGAAUUGUGGGAAAGUUUAGAGCUGGCUCAUUUGAAGAAGUUUGUCACUUCUACUGAAGGAGGUCUAGAGCAUGUGAUCUCGGAAAAUGGUAGCAAUUUGUCAUCUGGUGAAAAACAGUUAAUUGCUUUGGCUAGAGCGUUACUUCGUAAAACACAGAUUCUCAUCAUGGAUGAAGCGACAAGUGCCGUUGAUUUCGAAACUGACAGUCUGAUUCAGAAAACAGUGCGGAAAGAGUUUGCUUCUACAACUGUCCUAACCAUCGCUCAUCGUCUCAAUACAAUCAUCGAUUCUUCACGAGUUUUAGUAUUACAAGCUGGAGAAAUAGCCGAGUUCGAUAAUCCACAGACAUUGCUAAAAGAUGAAACUUCAAUAUUCCACUCAAUGGCCGAAGCGGCAGGUUUACUAAAUUAUCAAAUUAAGUAA